CUCCAGAACAAGUCCAUGGAGAGCCAGAAAGCUCCUGUAGAGUUGAAGGAGGCCCCCCCAGCUCACCACCCUCCUCUGCAGCCCUUUGCAGCCGUGCCCCUCCCCGACGUCCACUCUCUCCAGCCAAAGCAAAUCCAACUCCCACCCAACCCUAAAGUAAGCUGCUGUUCUCAUGGCUCUGAUUCCUCCCCUCGGGUCCCUCAGUUGCACUUUGGUGGUGGCGGCAGCGGCAACCUCGGUGGUGGCGGCAACGGCGGCGGCGGUGGCGGCUUGAUUCACCCGGGGGCGGUCUUAAACGCUCCCGGCACUGGGACGAUCCCCUGGAAGAUAGGGUCAGAGUUGGCUUGUCCGUCCUCUUCUCCGCUCAAGAACGGCCCGGCGAGGAGCACCAUGGCCGGCGUGUGCCGGGAGAACCCCGUCCCUUCCUGCCCUCACUUUGCCUGCUGCGGGAAACUCCACUUCCAAGCCUGUCACGGUAACCUGCACAAACUGCAUCCGUUUCCCCCGCAUCCGGGCUGCACGACUCCGGGCUAUUUCUCCUGUCCUGAAUUCAGUGGGGCGGCGGGACUCUCGGAGGAGCACCUGGCCCAGUCGGAGCGCAUGCCUUGCGUUUGCACCAACUCGCUGCACCUAAAGGUUUCACCUCCCCUUUGCUUGAAGGGCUCUCACCACUGCGCGGAGUGUCUGAGCAAGUCAUCCCAAGAAAAUUUAGUAGAAGCAGCCAAAAUGUGGCCGGAUAUUCCUCCUCCAAACGCCCAGGUGGCGCCCCUUUCUCUCCCACUGUGUAACGGCUGUGGAACCAAAGGAACAAGGAAAGAGAAGAGCCGCCUCUUGGCCAGCAGCUUUGGCCAGCUGACCCCGAAACACGGCUCUCCAGAAAUUGCCAUUUCGAACCAGUUACUGGAAAACCUGCCUCCCAUUGGGGUCUUCUGGGAUAUCGAGAAUUGUUCCGUGCCAUCUGGUCGUUCCGCCGUGACGGUGGUCCAGCGCAUCCGGGAAAAGUUUUUUAAAGGCCACCGGGAGGCCGAGUUCAUCUGCGUGUGUGACAUUAGCAAGGAAAACAAGGAAGUGAUUGAAGAGCUGAACAAUUGCCAGGUAAGCACNGUGCACAUCAAUGCCACAGCCAAGAAUGCUGCAGACGACAAACUCCGGCAAAGCCUUAGGAGAUUUGCAGAUACCCAUGCUGCACCAGCCACCGUGGUGCUUGUCUCAACUGAUGUCAAUUUUGCACUGGAACUCAGCGACUUGAGGCAUCGCCAUGGUUUCCACAUCAUCUUGGUUCAUAAAAACAAAGCUUCCGAAGCACUCUUGCACCACGCCCACGAGCUCAUCCGAUUUGAAGAAUUUAUUUCAGAUUUGCCUCCAAGAUUACCCUUAAAGAAAACAGUGUGUCAUACUCUGUUAUAUGUUUACAACCUGCCCACCAACCGAGAUAGCAAAAGCAUCUGCCUGAGGCUUCGGCGUCUGUCGGACAAUUGUGGCGGGAAAGUCCUGACAGUCUCUGGCAGCAGUGCGACCCUCCGUUUCCUCAGCCAAGACAGCGCCGAGCGAGCCCAGAAGCGGAUGGAGAACGAAGAUGUCUUCGGCAACAGGAUCACCGUCUCCUUCACCCCCAAAAACCGAGAACUGGCAGAAACCAAGAACGCAGGCUCUUUCAUGGCAGAGAAAGCCAAGUCUCCCAAGAAAGCCAACCGAAACGCGAAGCUGUGCCUCAUGAGCAGAACAGCCAAUGACACGUCUUCCACCACCAAGGCGGCGGGCUCAAAAGGCCCUCAAGGACACGGGCCCGUUCCCAAAAACACUGCUGUUAAAAGCUUACAGGAACUGUGUCGCCUCGAAUCCAAAACGGGAAGAAGCUCUGAACGUCGCCAGGACCAGCUAAAAGAGGGAGCUCCUCCAUCGCACAGCACUUCUGCCACAGCAAGCUCCACACCUCCCCAAGCCGCCAAGAAGGCAGGAGCGGGAGAACCCGCUCACAAUAAAAACAACCAAAAGAAAGAGACGAUGGCAGCCAGAAGCAGGAACGGUUCCCCAGUGGACAAGAAGGAGAAGGAGAACGCCUUCCAAGUCAGCCUCCCUUCAGCUUUCAACCUGCUGACGGCCUCCAGGCAGCACAGUCCCAUUCUGAUCUUUCAGAGUUGUUGGUCAUCCAGGAGCGUGUCUCCAAACGUUUCGAACAGGUCUUCUCCGCUCACUUUGAACGCCACAAGCUCUUCCAGCCGUACAGACUGCCCAGAUCCAUUUGCAAAUGGAGUAGACAUUCAGAUUAGCAAUCUGGAUUACCGACUUUCCCGAAAAGAGCUGCAACAAACUUUGCAGGAUACCUUCACUAAGCAUGGCGAGGUAAACAUCGAGGCUGCUUUACAGUGUAUGGAGAACCUUCAAGAGGCCAUCACUGCUGUCAACAGUUUGCACAGAUACAAAAUUGGUAACAAGAGGAUCCAGGUCUCCUUAGCCACAGGAGCGGCCAGCAAAUGUCUGCCACUGAUUAGUUCAGAAGCAAUAUCGAUUCUUCAGGACGCCCCAGCCUGCUGCCUCCCCCUUUCCAAAUUCACUGAAAUUUACGAGAAAAAGUUCGGACACAAGCUGAAUGCAUCGGACUUGCACAAGUUAACGGACAUCCUAGCGAUCCGCGAUCAAGGCAACGGUUGGCAGGUUUGCCUCUUACCCAGCAGCCAAGCGAGGCAGAGCCCGUUGGGGUCCUCGCAGUCUCACGAGGGCUCGUCCGCGAACUGCAGCCCCAACGGCUUCCAAGACUGUUAUGCUUCAGAAUUCAACAGUCUAGAAAUGGUUCCAGAAGGCCACGGAGGCGUCCCUCUGGAGCACCUUAUCUCCUGCGUUCCUGGUGUUAAUAUUGCUACGGCACAAAACGGCAUCAAAGUGGUAAAAUGGAUACAUAAUAAACCGCCACCUCCCACCACAGAGCCUUGGCUGCUCCGUUCAAAGAGCCCCGUGGGCAACCCACAACUCAUCCAGUUCAGUAGAGAUGUGAUUGAUCUCCUUAAAAACCAGCCCUCCUGUAUUAUGUCCGUCAGCAAGUUCAUCCCCAUGUACCAUCACCAUUUUGCCAAGCAAUGCCGCGUGUCUGAUUAUGGGUAUUCCAAGUUGAUAGAGCUGCUGGAAUCCGUGCCUCACGUCCUGCAGAUUCUCGGGAUAGGAACCAGGCGUUUGUUAACCUUAACGCACAGGGCUCAAGUCAAGCGAUUCACUCAAGACUUACUGAAGCUUGUGAAGUCCCAGGCCAGUAAGCAAGUUGUAGUCAAAGAAUUCUUACAUGCUUAUCACUGGUGUUUCUCGAAAGACUGGGACGUCACAGAAUACGGAGUGUGUGAAUUGGUGGAUCUGAUAUCCGAAAUUCCCAACACAACCAUUUCUUUGUCUCAGCAAGAUAAUGAAAUGGUCAUUUGUAUCCCGAAGAGAGAACGUACCAAGGAAGAAAUUGAAAGGACAAAGCAGUUCUGCAAAGAGGUGAUCGAUCUGCUGCGCCACCAGCCCUAUUUCCGCAUGCCAUUCAACAAAUUCAUCCCUUCCUACCACCAUCACUUUGGGCGCCAGUGCAAACUGGCUCAUUAUGGAUUUACCAAACUCCUUGAACUUUUUGAAGCCAUACCUGACGUCUUACAGGUCCUGGAAUGCGGCGAGGAGAAAAUCCUGACACUAACCGAGACAGAACAAGUCAAAGCUUUAGCUGCCCAGUUUGUGAAGCUGCUCCGUUCCCAGAAGGAUAAAUGCCUCCUGAUGGCAGACGUCCUUGCCGAAUACGCUAAAACGUUUGGCUACCCAUUGCGUCUCCAGGACUACGAUGUUGGCUCCGUUCCAGCUUUGAUGCAGAAACUUUGCCAUGUCAUCAAGGUGGUCAAUACAGACUCUGGGAAACAGCUACAGCUGAUCAAUAAAAAACCCCUCCGGACUCUGACUUCACACCUUCUGGUGCUCCUCAUGACGCUGGACGAAGCCACCGUGGUUUCUGUGAAGGAGCUUAAAAGGCGUUACGAGGUUGUCCAGGGGACUGUCCUGAACCCAUGUGAAUACGGCUUCAUGACCUUUAUCGAGCUUUUGAUGAGCGUGCCUUAUUUUAUCGAGGUUUUUAUUGAUGGUGAUGCAGAAUAUGUGAAGCUUACAGACCUGUAUAUUUUUGCCAAGAAAGUGAGGUUGCUGCUUCAUACCUACCAUUACCAGCAGAUCUUCCUCCACGAGUUCCCAUCAGCCUAUAGCAAAUACACAGGAGAAGCCCUUCAACCCGAUACCUACGGCUUCAAUAACCUUGAGGAGCUUCUGGGGGCAAUUCCAUCGGUAGUAUGGAUAAAAGGCCACGGCCAUAAGAAGAUUGUUGUUCUGAAGAACGACAUGAAAACUCGUUUUAGCUCUCCCAGUCUUCCCCUGGCUGACGAAAGUUACGAGAAUGAACUUGCCGAUGGAGAUGGACAAUCCACGCAGGCAGCAGGAGCGGACAAAUCCUUAGAUUUAAUCCUGGAGGCACCCAACCUUGUCUCCCAUCAAACCGAGGAAGAGCUGCUGUGCCUCCCCAAGGUAUCCCCCGUCGAUCUUUUAUGCGAGCCGGUCCCUUCCUGCCUUCCCUCCCCGCAGCUGAGACCAGAUCCAGUGGUUCUUGAAUCAACCGAUCUCAUCCGUUUCGAAGAGCAUUCACCAAUCCCUUCUGAGAUGGCGAUGGGUCCUGAAGAGGAGAAGGCUGCUGGUCCUUCAGAAGCUAACAAAGAAAUCGGUCACUUUUCCGAAGCAUCUAAAGCGACCCAAAACAACUCGGCACUUCCCUGUUCCUCAUCUGAACAGCCGGCAUGCCGAAAAGCCAUGGACAGUCCAGCUCGAAAGCAGCCGAAGAGCCGCGUGAAAUUGGCAGCCAACUUCUCCUUUGCACCCGUAACCAAGCUUUAAAUCUCGUACCCGGUGUGAAAAGGCCUCGUAUCGUUAAGACUGCACAGGAAAUAAAGUCGGCUAUAUAUUUUUUUUUUAUUACUUUUAAUCACUGUCUGGAGGGAGUGUAGCCACCGACCUGUUUUCUUUUGUCACUCUGACUGCCUUCUGUGCAAGUACGUUGCACACCCUUAACCGAAGUUAAGCGGGGCAGUUUCCUUUUUAUUACUAUUACUAGAAUCUCAAAAUAUUUGUUAAGAGCGAUCUAACAUUUUACCCUUUUUUUUAUUCUGUCCCAUGUCGACAAAAGCAAAUGCAAGCACCCUUGGCAGAGAACGGAUUUUUUUAAAAGUCACCCGAUACCCAAACAAGAUGUCAUACCUACACAUCACGCCUAAAUCUCUCGGGGCUUUCUACUUUUGCGAUUGUUUGUUAUCGGGGAAAUAACAACGCAGUGCAUAAUUUGUUGUGCAAAAUGUGCCUCCCGAGAGGAAUUUUAAAACAGUCACUUAGGUGGGAAUAGGCGGUGGGGGUCUUUAGCUUCGUCAGGGCAAAACUUGGGAACUGGGUUUCGUUUUCUUUUUUUUUUCCCGAUGACUUGUAAAUUAACUAAAAAAAAAACCAACAAACUCCGAGAAGUCGGUCGAUUUGGUACCAAAAAAAAAAAAACACCCUUCUUUUUUUAAAAAGGCCUUCUUCUGUGAUAGUUCAGUUCCGUCGAAGAAACUUGCAGGAAAUGGUUUUUAAGCUUCCUUUUUUAUAAGCGCUGCCGGUGGAUGCCGAUUUGAGAUGAAGUGUGAGGGUGGGGGGGGCAGGAAACCAUUUCGGUGCCGUGCGUUUUGAAGGCACCGUGAGAAGCCUCGGGUUGCAGCCGCUCCCUCGAAGGGGACGAGGGACGGACGGGGACCGUUGAGAUUUCAAGAAAGUAAAAUAUGCAUCCAGAUGCAUAAAUCAUGGGUCGCGGCGAGGCGACGGGAAGUUUUUAAGACGGAAAAGGCGAUGAUGCUUCCGCAGUGCCGAGAUGGGAGCAGGAGGUAGAAUGGCCAAGGUUAGGGGCCUAACCUUGUUUGCGAAACUUUUUAAACGUCUAAUAAACGGGAAGCUUAGUAUGAAUCGAGAAAGUGAUUUUUUUAAAACUCUUGUCUGGUUGUUAUUCCUCCUAAGUGCUGAAAAGCUGCUCUUGUGUGUCGUGGUCUUUUUUUUUCUUUUUUUUUUGUGCUUCCAGUUCUUAUUGGGGUAUUUUUUUGUGUGUGUGUGCGGUUGUGAUUGUUGUAGUUGUUGGCUUUUAGAUGGGCAAGCCUUCAAAGAAGAGAUUGAGUCAGUGGGAUCCUUUUGCCUUCUUUUUUAGAGAGAGAAAGAAAGACCUUAAAAACGUCUUCCAAAGGUUUAUUAUACCCCUGCCCGGGUAAACUUGGCACUUACAAUGGGUUGUAUUUGCCAGGAGUGGAAAUUUUUUUACUGCUUGUCAAAAGGAGAAGAACCUAUUACGAGGUUUCCACUGACCGAACGCGGAAAAUAUAUAUUUUGUAACUAUUAUAUUUUAUAAUGGACAAGGUUGGGGGAUUAAAAAGGCUUGGGAUUUCAUAGCCAGCAACUAAACGGGGGAAAAAUACCACCAGAUGGCUAUAGGUACUUUUAAAAAGAAAAAUAAUGGAUUUUGUUUAAAAGAGGAUUUUUAAACAAAGCCACACAUUGAACCUUUCUGAAUUAUAUAGCCAUUACGAACGCAAAGAAACACUGGAAGUUUUUUGUAUUGAGAUUGAGAUUACGGCACUGUUGGAUAGCUUUACAAUUCCUCUAGAGAGAUCUAGAGUUUAUAGGAACAGAUUGUUCGAUAUAUAUUUUUUUCCUUUCUCUCUAGCGGUUCCGAGUAUUUGUGAGACCAUCUGUCUGUUUAUCUAUAACCUGCAUAAAACAAAGGCCUCGUCACUCGAUUGUGGGUCGUGCUUAACAGAACCGGUUGCGGUUCUGAGCAAGUCAUCUUUAAAAAAAAAAAAAAGUGAGACCCAAGUUUUUUGGGGGGUGGAAAAAAAAAUAAAGAAAUCAAAAGUCCAGUAGUGUUCUUUAUUUGAAAUACAGAUGUGGCCAGGUGAUCCAUAGAGAAUAAUCCCAUCGUGCAUGAAUCCAUGUGGCAUUUGGAAUUAAAUCGCUGUUUGAAAGUUACACGGUGCUGUUUUCAGAUAAAUUUGAGGGUGUUUUGUUUUUUUUUGUUUCUCCCGUAGCACAAGAUUAUUUAAUGAAGGGUUUUUUUAAAAGAAAAAGGCUUGGAAAAAAUAAUGUAACUUGACUGAUUGGAACAUGAAUUAAGGUGAUGAAAUUCUUUAACUGACACUUUGGACAUUUUGAUUUCUUUACUGUUCUGAAACAAAACAGAUCAAGGCAACUAUGCACUCUGGGUGGGUGGAAGAUGAACAAUACAGCAAAUAAACUUGUCUUAAUUUGUUCGGGCACUUUUGUGGGUCAAGUGGUAUUUUGUGUGUUUGGGACCAAGCAGUUGUCAAUAAAAAUUUCAAGCAAGCAAA